ACAAUGAAGUCAAGUCUGAUUCUCGAGAACUUCCUAGGUAAUAAUUCUUCAUUACAGUCAUUCGUACCGUAUGAGAUUUUCAUCAAGCUUAUGCCACCAGAUUGCCUGGACAAACUAUGUCAAUUGGUCUACGAGGAGUUGCAAAAGCAACGAAAGAGUGAAAGUGUACAACAUGUAACAAAGAGCAUACUUCAGGAAUUCGACGUACCAGUCACCUCAACUACAGAUAUCCAACCAGGUUCUGUUUUAAGAGCAAGAUCAAUUACAUCGAUUGAAAAGAGACUCAACAAGUUGUGCGAUGUAUUGGUCAGUCAGAAUUCUUCAUUGGACUAUGAAAUCGCCCAACUUAUCUCCACAACUGAAGGUAUAAUCCAGUUACUAAGUGAUUUGCGUUAUGGGAGGAAUUCGGAUUCUGGAAAGGAGAAAACA